UCAGUCAAUUUCCAAAGUAGCUCUCACUCUCAUUUCGUUCUCUUUCGAUCUCAGCGAACGAUUCCAUUGCAAUGGCGAUUAGGGUUCGAAACCCUAACCUUCUUUCUCUCGUUCUUUUCUCCCUUCUCUCCAUCGCUUCUGCGAAGGUUUUCUUCGAAGAACGCUUCCAAGAUGGAUGGGAAAGCCGGUGGGUAAAAUCCGAAUGGAAGAAAGACGAGAACUUGGCUGGGGAGUGGAACUACACCUCUGGUCAAUGGAAUGGAGACGCUAAUGACAAAGGUAUUCAAACCAGUGAAGAUUACAGAUUUUAUGCUAUCUCUGCCGAGUUCCCUGAAUUCAGCAAUAAGGAUAACACACUAGUCUUCCAAUUUUCUGUCAAGCAUGAACAGAAACUUGACUGUGGUGGUGGUUACAUGAAGUUGCUUAGCGGCGAUGUUGAUCAGAAGAAUUUUGGCGGUGAUACUCCUUACAGUAUCAUGUUUGGUCCAGAUAUCUGUGGUUACAGCACCAAGAAAGUACACGCUAUUCUGACCUACAAUGACACAAACCACUUAAUCAAGAAGGAUGUUCCUUGUGAGACUGACCAGCUUACUCAUGUUUACACAUUCAUCAUCCGUCCUGAUGCAACCUACAGCAUUUUGAUUGAUAAUGUGGAGAAGCAAACAGGUAGUCUCUACUCUGACUGGAGUCUUCUCCCACCAAAGAAAAUCAAGGACCCUGAGGCCAAAAAGCCAGAGGAUUGGGAUGAUAAGGAGUUUAUUCCUGAUCCCGAAGACAAGAAGCCAGAGGGAUAUGAUGACAUCCCUAAAGAGGUCGCAGAUCCUGAUGCCAAAAAGCCUGAGGACUGGGAUGACGAGGAAGAUGGUGAGUGGACCGCACCUACCAUUGCCAACCCAGAGUACAAGGGACCAUGGAAGCCAAAGAAAAUCAAGAACCCCAACUACAGUGGAAAGUGGAAGGCACCAUUGAUUGACAACCCAGACUUCAAGGACGACCCUGACAUCUAUGUUUUCCCCAAGUUGAAGUAUGUUGGCAUUGAAUUGUGGCAGGUGAAAUCUGGUACAUUGUUUGACAAUGUUGUUAUUACCGAUGAUCCUGAGUAUGCUAAGCAAGUUGCUGAAGAAACAUGGGGCAAGCAGAAAGAUGCUGAGAAGGCAGCAUUUGAAGAGGCUGAGAAGAAGAAAGAGGAGGAGGAAACAAAGGAUGAUCCAGUUGAUUCUGAUGCGGAAGAGGAUGAAGAAGAUGCCAAUGAAGUUAGCCACGACUCUGAUGAUGAGUCAAAGGCGGAAGCUGGCGAAGACAGCGAUGAAACCAAUAAAGAUGACGUACAUGAUGAGCUCUAGGGAGUUUGCAAAGCAUAUGUCAUAUGCGGAGUGAGCACAAGUUUUAUUCCGGAGUCAGUUAUAUCUUUUUUUUAGUUGUGUAGUGUUUUUCCCCUAGAUAAGCAAACUGUUGAAAACUGCAAGCGAAAACUUGAGCUUGUUGCUUCAUCCCAUUAGACUGUUUCAGCUGAUUAGAACAGACAACGAUGUCUUUUUGGUUCUCAUUUGAAUUUAUCUUUUUGAUGUUUUAAUGAGUUUCCCGAUUAUGAAUCUGUGUAAA